AUGAGACCACAAACUACUGUUCAGUAUGUUCCUCGUAAAGCUAAUGGAACUGCUCACCGGCUUGCUCAUUUUUGUCUUCGUGAAUUAGCCUAUCAUUUUGGAUGGAUGAGUGCCCUCCUUGACUACUCAUGGAUUGCAUUCAAGAUGAUUGUCCUUCUCUGCAUUCCUUUCCUUGAUUCAAUUGUUUUAACAAGACCACUUCAAUACAUGCUGACUCUAUUGUUCUUGAUUAUUUGA